UCUUCUCUACAAUCCCCAUCAAACCCCACUCCAUUAUUAUUAUUACUUUUUAUUUCCUACUUUCUUUUGUAUCUCUUCUCUUACAAUGGCUUCCUCCACAAUGGCUCUAUCCUCCCCUUCCCUCGCCGGAAAGGCCGUAAAGCUCGGCCCAACCGCCUCCGAAAUCCUCGGAGAAGGAAGGAUCACCAUGAGGAAGACUGCCGGGAAGCCCAAAACUGUUUCAUCAGGCAGCCCAUGGUACGGCCCAGACCGUGUUAAGUACUUGGGCCCAUUCUCCGGUGAGGCCCCAUCUUACCUCACUGGUGAAUUCCCUGGUGAUUAUGGUUGGGACACUGCUGGGCUUUCAGCUGACCCAGAGACUUUUGCUAAGAACCGUGAGCUUGAAGUGAUCCACUGCAGAUGGGCCAUGUUGGGUGCAUUGGGCUGUGUUUUCCCCGAGCUUUUGGCCCGUAAUGGUGUUAAGUUUGGUGAGGCUGUUUGGUUCAAAGCAGGCUCACAAAUCUUUAGUGAAGGUGGGCUUGAUUAUUUGGGUAACCCAAGUUUGAUCCAUGCCCAAAGUAUCCUUGCUAUUUGGGCCUGCCAAGUUAUUUUGAUGGGUGCUGUUGAGGGCUACCGUGUUGCUGGUGGGCCUCUUGGUGAGGUUGUGGACCCACUUUACCCCGGUGGUAGCUUUGACCCAUUGGGCUUGGCUGAUGACCCAGAGGCUUUCGCCGAGUUGAAGGUUAAGGAGAUUAAGAACGGUAGGUUGGCUAUGUUCUCUAUGUUCGGAUUCUUCGUUCAGGCUAUUGUUACCGGAAAGGGUCCUUUGGAGAACCUUGCUGAUCACCUUGCGGACCCAGUUAACAACAACGCUUGGUCCUACGCCACCAACUUUGUUCCCGGAAAGUGAUGCGUCUGUUUAGGAAUUUUUAGUCAAGAUUUGAGAGAAAUGAUUGUAAAUUGUGUUUGAUCUCAACUCAUGGAUGAAUGAAUAUAACCCUUAAUUUUGUGUGAUAAUAAUGUCACAUAUUUUCUGCA